AUGUUCCAGUAUCAGUUCCUCAACUUCUCGGCCAUCUCUUGGUACCUGCGGCGCCUGUACCUUUCGGAGGACUACCUCCCACGCCGCGCCUUCUGCGCCUUUGGGGCAGCUGGAACCUGGAUCGAGAUGUUGGCCGGACUAGGGAUGGUCCUGGGAGCGCUCCCGGGAUCGGCGGAGGGCUUCGUGCUGCUGGCCCUGGCCAUGCACGUCUUCAUCUUCUUCUUCGGGAUGGGACCCUACCGCUGGAAUGUGAUGACCAUGUACAUGCUGGUCUGCUCCACGAAGCUCUGCCGAGAGCGGGGCCUCUCUGGCCGGUCCCUGUGGAGUGACCCUGCCAGCUCCGGGCUCUACGUGGCCAUCUUCGGUGUCUUCAUCCCCUUCAUCGGAACUCUGGACCCUCAGACGCUGGGCCGAUACUUUGGGGGCUACCGCAUGGCCACCUUUCACUUCGCAGGCAACGAGACGUACCGAGCACUUCUGAUCGACAAAGCAGCGAUCCCGGCUUCGGAACGGACGUCGCUACCCAUAAGGCGAGACAGGGCCCGGGGCUACGAGCGCCUGACGCAGGACGAGGACCUCUUCACGGCCCUUCUCUACGCCGAUGGGCUCGACGUGGAGGGCGCCCUGAGGCGGAGCUUCCAGGCGCCCUCGGGCCUGACGGACUUCGAGGAGUUCGACCGGAAGUACAUGUUCGUGCCCAUCACGUGGCUGAACUGCCGCGGGCCGUUGCUCAACACCAAGUGGGACGAGAGCCUCCCUGUCACGGAGCGUUUUGUGGAGCUGGUCUGCGAGACGCUCGCGGCUUCAGAGGAGCCGCAGCUGGCGAAAGGGACUGCCCUGCAGUUCGUGGCGCACGUGGUCCCCUGGCUCGGCGGCCGCACGAAGCGCCUGGAGCUCUUCGACCUGACGGCCUCCAAGUGGUCGACCGGCCGAUGCGUGGAGACGCCUGGGCUGCUUAAGGUUUGGGGUUUGGGGUUUGGGGUUUGGGGUUUGGGGUUUGGGGUUUGGGGUUUGGGGUUUGGGGUUUGGGGUUUGGGGUUUGGGGUUUGGGGCUUAGGGAAGUUCAGGGUUUAG